AUGACUUCCAUCAUCAACGCUACGGCCCAAGCUGCUCAUUCAGCUUUCGCCUCUCUCGCCUCUGCUUCACCUAUCAAGCCUGGCGAUAGUGUUCCAGAUGUCGAAAUCAAACUAGGAGAUUUGGAAGGAAAGGUAAACUUUUCCAAGUUGAGCGGAAAGAGUGUUUUGGUUCUUGUUCCCGGAGCCUUCUCCCCCACUUGUACCUCUCAAGUCCCUUCAUACAUCAAACAAUACGAAGCUUUCAAAGCCAAGGGAGUCAAGGACAUUUAUAUCAUCGCCAUCAACGACAUGUUCGUCAUUCAAGCAUGGGCCGAAAAGCUCAAAGGUGAAGAGAAGAGUGAGACAGUAAAGUUUGCUGGUGACGACACCGGAGCAUUCGGUACCGCCUCUGGUCUCGUCUUUGACGCUCAAGCCGUUUUUGGCGGCCCUCGUCUCAAGCGUGGCGCUGUGGUGAUUCACGAUGGGAAAGUCGUAUCCGUCGUCGUCGAGCCCAACCCUGGUGAAGUGACCGUUUCCGACGCCAACGAGGUUCUCAAGAAUCUUUAA